GCACAACAUCCGAUGCUGUCGUUCAUACACUAUAUGCAGGGCAAACGACAUGGGUUCGUUAAUGUUUUACAACUGACCUUGGAAAUAGUUAAAUCAAUCACAGAAUGAAGACAACACACGACGUAGACCGUGGAUAUGCCUAUGUCAUUCUGCUGGCCUCGUACUGUGUGAUGUUCAUCUGUGGGGUGUUGGUGUACUCCACUGGGGUGAUGAACACCGCUAUCUUGAAAGAAGUUGACAGCGACCUCUCACGAACGUCAUGGGUUGGCUCGACACUACUGGGGACCUUCACCUUCAUGGGUCCCUUGGCGGGUCUGAUCACAAAGAAACUCGGCUGCAGGCUGUCCUGUUUCGGAGGAGGAAUGCUAAUCUUGCUGGGACUCGCUGCGGCAUCGUUUGUUCAUGACGUUACUGGACUCAUCAUUACAUAUGGAGUCAUUGCAGGGUUUGGCGUUGGUCUGGGGCUGAAUUCCGCUGGCGUAGCUCCUGGCCAUUACUUUAUCAAAAAACGAGGUCUGGCGUUUGGCGUGACUGUAUCAGGUGCUGGUAUGGGCAUGUUUGCAGGAGGUCCUCUAUGUCAGAUACUGGUCGAGGAGUACGGUUUAAGUGGCUGUCUUCUCAUCUUAGGCGCCAUCGCCUCCAAUAUGUGUGUUGCAGCCUGCCUCCUCAGACCCGCACCAAGCACCAAGCAGGAGAUAAUCAUAGAAACCAAACAUGAAGCGGACACUGGCAUAUCAGAAACAUUCUUCAACGAGUCAGCUAUAUCAAAGGCAAAAAUGCCUGUUGAUAGUGUCGACAGUGUUGAUAGUGUCGACAGUGUUGAUAGUGUCGCAUCUGUAAUAAAACCAUUGAUGUUGGACAAUUGUAGUAAUAGUGGUGGUGCAGUUCAACAUUCCACGAACUAUCGGGAAAAACAAAUCAGAGUUGGACAUAAUGUAAAUGUGUUACAUCGGAAUGAGCUGUUCACUUCAAGUAAUGAGGAUGAAGGCUUCCUUGACCCGCGUAACUACAUGGGCAUGGAAUCCAAAGAAUAUCGUUCACACAAUAGUUCGGUUUAUGAGGAAAAAUCACCUGAUCCUUUCCGAAUUUGCCUCAAACGGAUUAGAAGAAUAACUUUACUAAACAAAUAUGGUUUCAUGAGCUAUUGUGUCAGUUAUCUGUUCUGGGCACUCGGGGAAGGAGCGUGUCUCUUCCACCUUCCCAACUAUGCCGAACAUAAAGGCAGUACAGAAACUCAAGCAGCUAGUCUUUUUACGGUCAUGGGAGUGACAAGUCUUAGUUCAAGACUCCUGACAGGGUUUGCAGGAAAUGAUGUCUCGGUGGAUUACAUGACACUUCACAUGGGACUUCUGGGAAUCACUGGACUCCUAACACUGUGUUUUCCACUUUUCUCAAACUCCUACGUUCUUCAGAUGACAUUUAGUGCUGCAUAUGGGAUGUAUAGUGGCGGCCCUAACUCUCUUGUCAGCCCAAUAACGAUAGAGCUUGUAGGUUUGAAGCAUUUAGCUGUUGGAGUAGGGAUCGAAAACUUCUUUUGUGGAAUUGGUUUCUUCGCUGGCCCUCCUAUUGCAAGUUUCAUAUAUUCAGCGACAAGGUGUUACGACUUCACGUUCGUAUUUGCAGGAUUACUUCUGCUACUUGCGGCAUUCUUUGGUGCCCUUGUGGCAAUAUUUGGGAAGCACAGGCAACAGAUGCAAGGUGUUCAGGCACCACAUGAAGUAAAAUAGGCUGUGGAUGUGUCUUUGAAAGGAUUGACAAGGAUUGCCACAACAUAUGAGCUGACGUUCAAGGAAGUGACAGUCGAGAGGCUGCUCCUCCAUGACAACCCCUACUACCAAUGCCUUUACCUAGCAAGGACACCGUAGGUCGAAAUGUAUGACAUGAUUAACAGUUAACAAUUCAAUUUAUAAAACAAUUAUGAAAUGACCUCAA